AUGGAUGUCGACACCGGCAGCGACGAUGCCAUGGCUAUCGCGCUGGCCGCGAGGUUGCCCAACGUGUGCAUCGAGGCUAUUACCGUCGGUGCGGGGAACAGGAACGUGUCUACUGCCUACGACAACACGUUGAAAGUUCUAGGCGUUUUGAACCGGACAGACGUGCCGGUCUACAAGGGCGCCGAAGAACCGAUCCGCAACCACUGGAACUGCAAGAACGGCUUCUGUUCAGGCGGCUCCCCCAACGAGCUGCGCACGCCUGCAUCCGUGGAAAUGGUCGAGCUGGUCAAGAAAGGUCUACAGACACUAAUAGUAUUGGCCCCUUUGACUAACGCGGCGACUGCUUUGCUCAUGGAACCGGACUUCCUGAACAACGCCGAACACGUGUACCUUAUGGGCGGUAACCUUUACGGUGUGGGAAACUCACUGCCAGCGGCCGAGUUCAACUUCUUCACAGACCCCGAAGCCGCAAAGGUUUUUCUCGAGAGGGCCACAUGUCCCGUCACCAUCGUUCCUUGGGAAGCCUGCCGCCGUGGAACGGUGCCGUGGGACACGUACUGCGGCGUCGCGAGCAAGACCGGUCCGCUCCAGGAGUUUCUCCGGAACGUCACCGCCAGCAGCUACCAGCACUGCCCCAGCGGGCAAGACGGCAGCGAGGGCGUCGUCGUGAGCGACUUUGUCACGCUCCUGGCCGCGGUGGCUCCCGAGAGCGUCGCAGGGACCCUCGUGCACCGAGUGGACGUCGAGUUGGCCGGCAACUACACGAGGGGCCAGCUCGUCCAUGCCUGGGAGCCGCAGAUGCUUCCGCACGUGAGACGAAACGUCACCAUCGUUGAGCGUUUCGACGUCAGCAUCGUCGCCAAGUACUUCAAGGACGCGUUCGACCCGCCGCAACGUGGAGCCUGA